GGCGGCGGACCCACUGCUGCAGCGGCUGCAGCGGCUGCUCAGAAGCAGAAGAAUUUGUUGCAGAGAGUCGAUAACGACAUCGGAAGCAUAGUUGACAAUUUCAGCUUCAUUGUGAACGUUGCCCGGGUAAAUGAUCCACCAGUUAGGAAUUCCCAAGAAGCUUUCAUGAUGGAGGUUCGAGCAUCCAGAAUGGUUCAGGCAGCUGACUCGUUGCUAAAGUUGGUUUCGGAGUUGAAACAAACAGCUAUCUUUUCUGGAUUUGCUUCCUUAAACGACCAUGUGGAGCAAAGAACUGAAUAAUUCAACCAACUUGCCGAGAAGACUGACCGGGUAUGAGCUGGGGUUGGAGAGGAGGCUGCUGCUACCCUUAAAGAACUUGAAUCCCAUUACUACUCUUCUGCCCUGAGAAGUAAUUGUA